AUGGGGCUAUCCAGAGAAUUUGCCUUUUUCUUACUCCUGUACCUGAUACAGGGUGCAAGCACUUCCUUUGUGAGACUGACUGACAAUGGUUAUGAAGACAUUCUUAUUGCCAUUGAUCCUGGUGUGCCCGAAGAUGUAAAAAUAAUUGAGCAAAUAAAGGAAAUGGUGACCACAGCAUCCACUUACUUGUUUGAAGCCACGCAAAAAAGAUUUUUCUUCAAAAAUGUAUCCAUAUUAAUUCCCGAGAGUUGGAAGAGUGACCCUCAAUACAGAAGGCCGAAAUACGAGAGCUACACACACGCAGAUGUGCUGGUCGCACCCCCUGCCUUCCCAGGCAACGACGAGCCCUACACCAGGCAGUUCACGGAAUGCGAAAAGAGAGCAGAGCACAUUCAUUUGACCCCUGACUUUAUACUAGGAAGAAAACACAGUGAAUAUGGACCAUCAGGCAGACUGUUCGUCCACGAAUGGGCCCACCUCCGCUGGGGAGUAUUCGAUGAGUACAAUGAAGACCAGCCUUUCUACGCUGCUGCGUCGAAGAAAAUUGAAGCCACAAGGUGUUCCACGGGUAUCUCUGGCAUUAAUCGAGUCCAUUCAUGUCAAGGAGGCAGCUGUGUGUAUAAACGAUGCAGAAAGGAUUCUACUACAAACCUGUAUGAAAAAGAUUGCCAAUUCUUUCCUGAUAAAGAUCAAUCAGAAAAGGCGUCCAUAAUGUUUAUGCAAAGCAUUGAUUCUGUGACUGAAUUCUGUAAUGAAAAAAAUCAUAACCGAGAAGCUCCAAGUCUACAAAACACAAAGUGCGGUUACAGAAGUGUGUGGGAGGUAAUCAGCAGCUCUGAGGAUUUUAUAAACAGCACACCUAUGGGCGCGUUGCCUCCUCCACCCGCCUUCUCGUUGCUGAGGAUCAGCGGAAGAACUGUGUGCUUAGUUCUUGAUACCUCUGGAAGCAUGUCUUGGGAAAGGCGUCUUGAGCGAAUGAAUCAAGCAGCAAAAUACUUCCUGCUGCAGGUGGUUGAAGAUGGAUCCUGGGUGGGGAUGGUUCGCUUUGAUAGUGACGCAUACAUUACACAUAAACUAACCCAAAUAAACGGCAACACUGAACGAGAUAAGCUCAUAGCAAGCUUGCCUUCAGUGAGUAUGGGAGGUACUUCCAUCUGCUCCGGGAUUCGAUCUGCAUUUCAGGUGUUUGAAGAGCAAAAACCCAUAGAUGGGUCUGAAAUUGUGCUGCUCACUGAUGGCGAGGACCCCACCGCAAGCUCUUGUUUGAAUGAGGUGGAAAACAGUGGUGUCAUCAUUCAUUUCAUUGCUUUGGGACCAAAUUUUGAAAAGGCUGUGAUACAGAUGAAUAAUAUAACAGGAGGAAAAUAUCUUUAUGCUUCAGAUAAAGCCCAGAACAAUGGCCUCAUUGAUGCAUUUGGGUCUCUUACUUCAGAAAAUGUUGGUGUCACCCAGAAGUCCAUUCAGCUAGAAAGUAAGGGAGUCACCCUGAGCGAGAGCCUCUGGAUGAAUGAUACUGUCGUAAUGGACAGCACAGUGGGAAAGGACACGUUCUUCCUCAUCACAUGGAACCAACAGCUGCCUAAUAUUUUUCUCUGGGAUCCCAAAGGAACACCAAUUACAAAUUUCACAGUGGACCACACUUCCAAUAUGGCAUAUAUCACUAUUCCAGGAACUGCACAGGUGGGCAACUGGGCUUACAAUCUUGGAGCCAAAGCAAAAGGAGAAAUCCUAACCAUUACAGUAACUUCUCGGGCAGCAAAUUCUUCUGUGGCGCCAAUCACAGUGAAUGCUAAAAUGAACAAAGACACAAGCAGCUUCCCCAGCCCAAUGAUUGUUUAUGCUGAAGUUUUACAAGGGUUUGUGCCCAUCCUUGGAGCCAACGUGACUGCUAUCAUUGAAUCAAACAGUGGAAAUAUAGAGUAUUUGGAACUUUUGGAUAAUGGUGCAGGUGCUGAUCUAUUCAAGGAUGAUGGGGUCUACUCCAGGUAUUUUACGGCUUAUUCAGAAAGUGGCACAUACAACUUAAAAGUGUGGGCUCAUGGAGGAGCAACCUCUGCCAGGAGGAGCUCGCGGCAUGCCCUGAACAGAGCAGCAUACAUCCCAGGCUGGGUAGUGGAUGGGGAAAUUCAAGGGAAUGCGCCAAGACCUGAAGUGAAUGAGGACACACUGGCAAUCCUAGAGAAUUUUAGCAGAACGGCCUCUGGAGGCGCAUUUGAGGUAUCGCAAGUGCCCCCUCUCCCACUGCCCGACAAAUACCCACCGAGUCAAAUUACAGACCUUCAUGCCACUCUCAAUGGCUCUGAGAUCAGUCUGACAUGGACAGCCCCAGGUGAUGAUUAUGACAUUGGAAAAGUUCAACAGUAUUUCAUAAGAAUGAGUGAAAAUCUCACUGAAUUAAGAGACAAUUUUGAUGGGGCUCUUCAAGUUAAUACUACUGCCUUACUUCCAAAUGAGGCCAACUCCAAGGAAACCUUUACAUUUAAACCAGAAAAUAUCUCAGAAGAAAAUGCAACCUACAUCUUCAUUGCCAUUAAAAGCGUAGACAAAAGCAAUCUGCAAUCAAGCUUAUCCAACAUUGCCCAAGUAGCUUUAUUCGUCCCCCAAGCAGAUGGCAGUCCUGGUGAAAAUCCCAGCCCCAGUCCAGACGGAGGGCAUAAGUCUGGAGUUAACAUUUCUACUGUGGUGCUGUCUGUGGUAUUGCCUGUGAUAGCUGUUUGCAUUAUUGUUAGUGCCAUAAUUUGUGUCUUAAAGAGGAGAUCUUCAAGAAGACACACCACAGCGUUUUGA